UCGGGCCUGCCCGAUUCGACGACCACGAAUCCGGCCCACUCCGAAGCCGCGCAGACAAGACGCGCCGCUCGCGGCCUCGCCAGCUCCACCCGCCUCCUCGUCGCCACGACUCCUGUUGCCGCGGGCCCGUCUGGCUUGCAGCGAAACAACACGAUCACUCUUCCGCCACCUCCUCAUCCUCUGGCUGCUGCUGCUGUUGCUUUGUCGUCGUCGCCGUCGUCUCCUCGAGAGAGACUCAGGGCCGGAGAUUAUGCACACAAGAGCUUCUUCCUCGUGAGGCGGCAGUUCCAGUUGACCAAGGCCCCAUUGCCUUAUGUUUCGCGCAGGAUUAUUGACACCGAGUCCACCCCAAAGGCAUGUUCGUACAACGCACAGACUGCAACGCAUCUUUCAGUCCAGAAAAGCCAUGACGGAUUUAAAAGUGAAUGCGAAGCCGAGAAUAUGGCCAAAUCUGAACUGGCAAUCAGAAAAUGCAUUCAACAAAGCAAAAUCAGUCUUAUACUCGAUGAGUAUAUGAAAAAGCCCCAAAGACGGAAAGAUGCUGAGAGAGUUCAUUGCAAGUCACGGACGCUAACAUAA